GCAGCCUUCCAGAAGUGAGAUCGCUCACAGUGGACUCUGAAACAUGGAUUCAGACACAUUGCAAGCUUUCCAGAAGGAACUAACCUGCUCCGUCUGUAUGAACUACUUCAUAGACCCCGUCACCAUAGACUGUGGGCACAGCUUUUGCCGUCCCUGCCUGUACCUCUGCUGGGAGGAAGACCAGACUCCAAAGAGCUGCCCUGAGUGCAGGGGACUAUCAGAGAAGCCAGAUUUCAAAACCAAUAUUGUACUCAAGAGUCUGGCUUCCCUCGCCAGACAGGACGCAGCUAAACAAUCCAACAGCUCGGAGGUGCAGAUCUGCGUGACACACAAAGAAGCCAAAGGACUCUUCUGUGAGGUUGACAAGACCCUGCUCUGUGGCCCCUGCUCUGCGUCCCCAGAGCAUGCAGCUCACGGCCACAGUCCAGUACAAUGGGCUGCUGAGGAAUACCGGGAGAAACUUCUGAAGAGAAUGGGCUCUUUAAGGAAAAUGGCACAAGAAAUGCAAAACAGUCUGAAUCAAGAAGCUAACAAAACUCAGUCGUUAGAGAACUAUGCGGCCGUAAGGAAGGUGAUGAUCAAAGUUCAGUAUCAGAGGAUCCACCUGUUUCUCCGGGAAGAGGAGCAACUCCAUCUGGAGGCACUGGAGAAAGAAGCGAAGGAGACUCUCCAGCAACUCAGGGAGAGUGAAUUCAGAAUGACUCAACAGAAAGAGAGUCUGAAAGAAAUGUACAGAGAGCUGACUGAGAUGUGCCACAAGUCAGACAUGGAGCUGCUCCAGGUGAGAAGGGAGGCUCCAUCCAGGACUGAUUUCAUACAGAUGCAAAAGCCUCAGCCAAUGAACCCAGAGCUCACUUCCUGGCCUGUCACUGGAAUCCUAGACAUGCUGAACAACUUCAGAGUGGAUAAUGUUCUGAGUCAGAAAAUGACCAUUCACAAUGUGAGCCUUUCUGAGGAUGGUACAAGUGUGACGUUUGGAGGUGACCACGGCGUGUCCAGACAGCCCCAGAUUGUGGAGAGAUUUGUGGCCUGGGGAGCUGUGGCCUUCACCUCUGGGAGGCAUUACUGGGAGGUGGAUGUGACACACUCCUCGAACUGGAUUCUGGGAGUCUGUAAAGAUAUCUUGACGAGUGAUACUGAUAUCAUUAUUGAUUCUGAAGAAGCAUUUUUUCUAUUUUCUAUGAAAGUGAACAAUCAUUAUAGUUUGUCCACAAACUCCCCACCCUUAAUUCAGUAUGUGCAAAGGCCUUUGGGUAGGAUCGGAGUGUUUCUGGAUUAUGACAAUGGAAUUGUGAGCUUCUAUGAUGUUUGCAGAGGUUCCCUCAUAUAUAGUUUCCUUCCUUCCUCCUUCUCCUCCCCUCUGAUGCCUUUCCUUUGCCUUAGAUCUCCAUGA